GGGAGCAGGUGACACUCUCAGAAGAGCCCAGAGCAGCAGUGCCAGAGCUGUAGCAGAAGGGCCAUGGAGCAGUACUUCUCAGCCACCCAGAAGAUGGAGCAGGAGGUGAUGUUCCCCAGCCUGCUCCGAGGGGUCUUCCCGCAGCAGGAGGGGGCAGCCCCGGCUGCAGAGAGCCGCACGGACCUCUACGAGCGCUACCAGCUCCUCAAGGCCAUCAAGCCCAUGGUGGAGAAAGGCCUGGCCUCAGUCGGUGACCAGAGCCCCAGCGGUGCCGACAGCGACGUGGACACAUCCUUGGACAGCAACGAGGCCGAGGACGCCCAGCUCGAGGAGCGCCUGUCCCACCACCUGACUGGCCUGCAGCAGGUCCUCACCCACCUCACCAGGGACACCAACGCCCUGACCCGGAGGUACAGCCAGAUCCUGGAGCAGAUCAACCUCAGCGAGGGACAGCCCAGCUGGUGACCCUGUCCUGGCCUCCAGGUAAGACUUGGCAACAUGAGGAGUCCAGGGGCAGCAAGGAAAUGGGUGGCCUCCCUGUUGGCAGAGGUGCCCAACAGUGCAGGGCUGGGGAUGUGCCUGGAAGGGCCUU